CCGGCACCUUACCCGCGCUCCUGGGUCUGCCCAGCCGCGCCAGUCCAUAACUGCUUAGGUACCGGGGCACGUGUGACGCACCUGGGCUAACCUGAACCCCAGUGCGGCUUACUGAGGGGCAACACAGCACUGUUGCUAAGGAUGGUGCGUGUGGGUAAAGAGGAAGAGGAGGAAGGUUUAAAUGAAGGUGUGGUUGUCUGUAUGAGGCUGUGGAACCUGAGAGAGGGACUGCUGGAGAGGAGGGGACUUUCUUCGCUGAGGCAGAGGAGGUAGGGGGUUGCAGUAUGAAGAGAGGCUGCCAGCCCGGGUUUCUGAGGAGGCAUGCAGGGCAGUGCAGUGCAGUGCAGUACUGUACUGUGGGCUGGUCUUUGUCUCUGCUAGGAAUGUCCAGCCAACACAGCAGUCAGUCCAUGAUAAUUUUGGAUUACUUUCUUGGUGGCCUUCUACUGAACUUGCUCAGCACAUAUUAAUCAUGUUGUCUUUCCUGUGGCCCAAACCUGGACACAGAAGUCUAGAUGUGGUCUAAGAUACUCGUACUUGGAUCACCCUACACUCCCAGGCAUGCCCAUUUGUCAGGCAGCUUAUAAUAACGAUUUCAAUGAAGUUCAGUUCCUUCUGGAGCGCAACAGCAACUGUCUGAACAUCCAGGACAGCUUUGGUGGAGACACCCCGUUAAUUUGUGCAUGUAAAAAGGGAAACAACAGGAUAGUUAGCUAUCUUCUAAAAAGAAAUGCUGAUGUCAACCUCAGAAACAAGAAGGACCGCACUUGUCUGCAUUAUGCUGUGAGAAAACGGUUUACCUUCUUCGACUAUGUGCUCAUCAUAAUCCUCAUGCCAGUGAUGCUUAUUGGAUAUCUUCUCAUGGUCUCAAAGACUAAACAGAAUGAAAACCUGAUCAAGAUGUUGCUUAGAGCUGGAGCUGAUGUUAAUGCUACAGACUUUUCAGGUAACACAGCACUUCACUAUGCUUGUAAAAUGAACAACCAGGCAGUCAUUCCUCUACUGCUUCAAGCUCAUGCAGACACUUCUUUAAAGAAUCAGGAUGGUGAGACUCCCUUAGAUAUAGCAAGAAGACUGCAGUUCCACAGCAUUGAAAGUGUGCUAAGAAAAAAUUCCUAGUCAUUGAGGACUCCUGAACAUGCAGAAAAUUACCUCAUCUGACAAUCCAUCUUGCACAGCAGAAGGAGUCCUGCAGAGGGUUGAGAGCUCUUACUUGAUAAAGACUUGGUCCAAAUCCACCCAUUCCUUGCUGCAGACUUUGACUAUUUUGUGUGAGACUUGUCAGUACCCCCAAGGCUGCAUGUGCUGGAAAGUGUUAAUUUGGUCUUACUAAGCCCUGAAUGAUUACAACAGUGUUCAAAAUACUGCCCUUCCCAUCUGCUUCCCCAGUUUUGUUACUAGACUGGUGCAGACAGAGGAUUUUGAAAGCUAGCUUUAACAUUUCUGGAAGCCUAAUAAUGAUGGUUGGCAGCCAAUGCAAAAAUAAAAUACCCUUUAGAGUGUGUGUUACUUAGUCUGCAGGGUAUACACUUGACAACUGAACAACAUGCCACAGCAGUUCAUACAAAGUCUGGUACCUUCCCCUUAGUACUUCUUUUCCUACAAUGCGAGUGAUUUUUUUUUUUUUUUUCUUUUUAUAUAAGAAACAGCAAAAAGAGAUUCUGUUCAGCCUGCAGAAGAGAAGCUGCAUGGAGACCUCAUAGCAGCCUUCCAGUAUCUGAAGGGGGCCUACAAGGAUGCCGGAGAGGGACUCUUCAUCAGGGGCUGUAGCAAUAGGCCAAAGGGUAAUGGGUUCAAACUUAAACAGGGGAAGUUCAGGUUAGAUAUAAGGAAGAAGUUCUUUACUGUGAGGGUGCUGAGGCACUGGAACAUGUUGCCCAAAGAAGUGGUAAAUGCUCCAUCGCUGGCAGUGUUCAAGGCCAGGUUGGAUGGAGUCUUGGGUAACAUGGUCUAGUGUGAGGCACCCCUGCCCAUGCAGUGGUCUAGAUGAUCUUAAGGUCCUUUCCAACCCUAACUAUUCUAUGAUUCUAUGAUUCAAUGAGUUGCUGGAGACCAAAAAGAAAGCCAAGUCACAGGUUGGUUUAGUGCAUUAAAAAAAUAAUGAAAAUAUGUUUGGUGCGGUAGAGAAACAAGUCUCUUGACCACCUUUCCAUUAUAAACAGUGUACUAAAGAAAAAAGAAAAAUCAAUAAAUGAAUUGCUGUUCUUGUAUCCUUCCCAUGGAACUGGGCAGGAUAGCAUGCUUCUCAGAGUGGUGCAUGCAGCAGGGGAUGCAUGUACCAAAAUAAUAACAAAUUCAUGAGUCUUCUCUUGCGUAGGUGAAGGCAGAAGAAAACCUGCAGUGGUAAGCAAUGUAUUAAUGCGGCCUGGUGCUUUAUGAUUUAAUAAUAUAGCAAUAAAGGGGAAUCUCCUUUCAAA